AAACAGGACGCGUCGACGAGGACACGACGACCCGACGACCAGUGAAUCUGCGACGCCGGCAUCAUGGCUGACCAAAUUUGCUACAGUGUCAAGUACUUUGACGACACGCACGAGUACCGUCAUGUCAUCCUUCCCAAGUCUAUUGCGCGCCAUGUCCCCGAUGACCGUCUGAUGACCGAGACCGAGUGGCGCAACCUCGGCGUUCAGCAGUCUCGAGGCUGGAUUCACUACAUGAUUCACCGCCCUGAGCCCCACAUCCUGCUCUUCCGUCGCAAGAAAACGUGCUAAGCACGAUCCCAGCAGAGAGACGGACUUGACGGGUAGCGCCAUUGACUCCCUCCCUUCAGGCCAUCUUCCUUUGCACACGUUCCUUUGAGUGAUUCUUGUUUGUCGUGUAUCUGCCAGAUGCAGCACUAGACUCCCAGUCGUCUGAUGCUUGAUUGUGGCGCCGUGUCACAUGCCUUUUUACGUUGUCUUUCUUUUUCCAUCGUUGGCGGCGUCGUGUGCCUCAAUGCUCUCGGUGUCCGUGACCUCUGUUUAUCUUUUUGUUUUGUUUUUGUUUUUUUUUGUUUGUUCUUGAGAGGAAACC